AUCAGCAUGUGGCCAGGGGCGGACUGACAACUCAUGGGGCCCCCGGGCAAUAGGGGAUCAUGGGGCCCCUGUGUCCUUGCCCAAACGCAAAAAGCCUAUGAAAAAGGUACCAGGGGCAUCUCAUGGGGCCCCCUAAUGACCCCGGGCCCUCGGGCAGUGCCCGAGUUUCCAAAUGGUCAGUCCGCCCCUGCAUGUGGCUUAUUAGCAAAUGAGCACUGUAGGAGUGCCGACUUGCUACUUGUGCUGCUUCUCCUCCCCAGAACUGAGCUCUGCUGUGCAAGAGGCUGAUGCCAGAUCAAAUUCACUGCUUGCAACUAAUUUAUUAUA